CUAGAGUAUUAGUUCAAGAGUCCAACCACACGUGUGUUUCUCGGUUGUUUUGCGUGUUUAUUUAUUUAUUUUUUUUUAGUUUAUUUUAGGUAAGGUUACCGGUAACCAUGACAACUAGUACAUUUAUGGUUGGACGGCGUUUAUUUAAUUUUUUAGCGAAGUUCCAAAGGUCGGCUAACUAGCUAGCCGGCUAACUCUUCUGCGGCUGUUUCCUGAAAUCUCCCACGUUACAGUAGAUUGUUGUUGUUGUUGUUUUUACGUCCCGCUGCGGAUCCAAAAACCUCCUGAGAUAUUCAUCGGAGCGAUGGGGACUGAAGAAUCUGUCUGGACCAAAGCGAACCUGCAGAAGCUUUUAGCUGCCAUCAAAACCAACAUCCCGGAGAAUGAGAGGAAGAGCAUUUACACCAAGUCUAUGAAAACUAUUGACUGGAAGAAGGUGUCUUUUCCUCCACACUCACCUGAAGCCUGCAGAGACAAGUGGAUUACGAUUCUACAGAAAAUGCGUAAGAUUCGGACUCUGGAUGAGCUCGUUGUUGAAGCUGAAGACACCAUCUCAGACCCUAAGUUAAACAGUAAAAUCCACCCAGAGUUACCGAAGAAGCCCUCCCCUCCUAACGCCCUUUACUAUGAGGACAACUGGACUCGGCUUCACAACGAACACCCAGAGUUCAGCAACGCACAGCUGCUAAAGUUAGCAACCAGCAGGUUCAAGUCUCUCUCCAACAAACAACGGGAACGUUACAUCAAGAAGUUCAAACUUGCUAAUGAAGAAUACAACAGAAGGCUGCUGGAGUUUGGGAAACAAUAUGGAAAAAAUCCCAGCGGUAAAACCAAGAAAGUCCUGAAGAGGAAGAGAAACUCUGGACGCGACGCGACGGGUGAAGACGAGGACGGUCUUCCUCCAAAGCCGCCUUUCAACGGCUACAACCUGUUCUGCAAAGAGCAGGUGAUAUCGAAGGACGACGCCGCCAACAGCAGCAACGUGAAGAUCUGGGCCCAACGCUGGAAAGCGCUGGAUCUGAAGCAGAGGCACAGCUACUCUGUGCGAUGUGAGGAGCUGAGGAGACAGUUUGUGAAAGACCUGCAGGCGUAUCUGAAGAGGUUUGAUGAGGAGGAGCAGCAGGAGAUCAUCACGAGAUAUGGAAUCACACAUAAGGACUUAAGAAACAGUGAGAGGCCUCGGCUACGACUCCCCAACGAGCCCAAGAAGCCGUCUCAGUCUGAGAACUCGGCUUUCUUCAAGCGUCAGAUGGAGCUUUUAAAGGACAAAAUCCCGAACUCAAAGGAUCGGUUCACUGAAGUCAGGAGGAUGUGGAAAAAGCUCUCGGCCAAAGAGAGACACUUCUACAAAGGCAAAGUGAAUAAAGACAUGAAGAAAUACUACGAGGAGCUUCAGGAGUGGUUUGAGGCGCUGCCAGAGAAAGAGCAGAACAUCUAUGAGGCCAGUCACCCCAGAUGUCUGGACCCUGACGUCUGUCGUCACUGUGAAGACGAUGACAGAGGAAAGCAGAGAGUUGAUCAGGCGUCUGACUCAGAGGACGAAGACAUCGAGGACAGCAGCGACGAUGAAGAUGAAGAUGAUGAUGUCACACUCAUCCCUGACACCUCUGAGGACGACGGGGAAACGAGCGGCUCCGCGUUCGACAUGGAUUAGAUUUAAAGAGACGGAACAAUAACGGCUUUAAUAGUGGCCUGUUGGUUGGAUAAUAUAUGUUAUAUAUUUAUAUGAAGAAUAUAUAACAGCAGACGGACUGUGGAGCUCAGGCUGGUUUAUUCCUGCGUUUCUGACGUCAAACGGAGGAUUGGGACUUAAAACAAAGAAAGAUGAUGUGCCUCAUGGGAAUGUAGCUGUUUGUGAAUAAAGAUUUUAAAGACGUUUCCAUUAAACCUCCAUCGUUCCUCUGGUGGUUUAUGAGGCAGCAGCAUCUUCACGGACCAAUCAGAGCUCAGAGUAAACGCUGCACGAUGAAAUGUGUCAUUUUCCUCUGGUUUCAUUCAUAAAAGUCAUGAUAGGAUUAAAUCAACUCUGGUUAUAUGUGAAUCAGAUGAAGUCUGUGUUCUCCUUCUAUCAUAUGUUUUAUAUUAAAGGUAAAUUUACUUGUC